AUGCUGCGCCUGCAAUCAACCACGCUCUCCUUGACCAUGACCGAGGUCAAGGAGUUUGAGCGCCAUCGUAGGUUCAGAAACUACCUUGCCAAGGACGCUACUUUUGAACUCCCAAUACGACCUGGACCUCCGGCUCCGGAUGCUCAGAAGGCCCCUGAAUCCGAGCCGCGUGGUGAUUCGAAGCAGUCCGAGCACGAGACUGAUUCGAAACAACACUCGAGGACAAACUCACAGGAAAGUCCGACGAAACUGUUGGCGAAUCCGCCGCGUCGUCCUCCAAAGUCCAGCGGUUCUAGCGCGAGUAACAGUAAUACGCAAGGCCCCUCGAGCUCUUCACAGAGCAAGGAUUCGAAUUCAUCGACCUUGUCACAACGACCAGCCGGCUUCGGUCUACCGAUGCGACGGGCACUUCCUCCGCCGUUCUCAACGGAAACACGCCGAGUUUCCGAUGAGCACUCCCUACCUUCAACGCGUUCACUCCGCGAAGAUACUAGGCAGGAGCCGCCAGCCACUCCCCCCAGACGAUCAUCUCUCCAAAACAAUCGCCCCGCGGGUAGCACGAGCCCUCUGCCCAGCGGGGGAGCAAUAAGAGUGUUCAGCUCAGCAGCAAGAUUUGUUGAGUCGAUUAUCCGCCGCCCUAGAGCUGACUCACCAUCGUCAACGCGAGCAACACGCUCCGAAUCUGGGUCGCCGAUAGGAGAAGAUGCAUCAGACCGCACGUUGGUGGGUGAUCCCCGACUCACAAUCUACAACGACGCUCUUCCUGCAUCGUCACAGCCGCAGACACCACAGAAUCUUCCUGAAGCACGUCAUCAGAGCCGUAUCUCAGGAGCGUACACCGCACCUGUCCCGCGCAUGGUGACGCGAUCUAUGCGUCGGACUGGUGCGAUCCGAGGACGGCCAGACAACGGCCGUAGCCCGAAUGGACUAAACACCCCUGGUUUUCAUGGUCUAUACGGCGGCAUGGAGAACUCUGAAGACUCGAGGCUGUACGAUGAGGCGUCUAGAUUACGCGAAGAAGGAUCUCAAGAGCCCGAUCCCGAGUAA